GAGGAGGAGGCGGCGGCUGCAGCAUCCAGAGCUGGCCGUGGCGGCCGGCGCGCCCCGCGCACAAAGGCGCCCAGACCCUGGGGAAGGCGAUGAGCAUACAGCGGCCCGGACCUGCACCCCAGAUGUGGGCACCUCCGUGUGCGUCCAGUGCUCUGGGGAAGACGCUAGGUACGCUGGGUUCGGCCCGUGCGCCCUGAGCGCGGGAUUUGCUGCCCUCCAGGUCAAGCGCCAAGCUUCAGAGCGGCUAGAGCGCGGGCCUCGGCGCGCCCCUAGGAUCGGCGCUUUCCCCACUCUGCAUCUGACUCCAGGCGUCCUUUUGCAGUGCUUGAGCGCCAACUUCGCCAAGAACCCUCCCAACUCCAGGCCACCCUACUGGGUAGAGCGAGCGCUGCUGCCGGGCACCAGCGGUGAGGACGCGCCGCUGGCUCUCGGGAGGAAGCCAGCAUCUGCAGGGUUGCUCGGGCGCCCCGGAGUGGGCGGCGAAGGCAGCGGACGUCUCUCCUAGGAGCCCGGGACCUGCCAGUGCUGGGGAUUCCUCCCGGGCUGCGCUCGCCCUCUUUUUUAUGGAGCUUGGGCCCCUGCCACAGCCCAGUAGAGGCUGUAGAGGUCAACAGUCCGGAAUUCCCUGUCCUGAGGUCCACCCCUGGUUGUGGGGAGUGGAAGUUCCAGCGAGGUAGCAGUGGCCUGCUGCGGCCCUCUCUGCACGGCGAGCCAUGGGCCAGAAGCUCUCAGGCGGCCUCAAGUCAGUGGAGGUGCGCGAGCCGGCGCUGCGGCCGGCCAAGCGCGAGCUGCCGGGUGCAGAGGCCGGGCGGCCCGCACGUCUGGACCAGCUGCUGGACAUGCCGGCCGCAGGCUCCGCGGUGCAGCUGCGGCACGCGUGGAACCCAGAGGACCGCUCACUCAACGUCUUUGUCAAGGAUGACGACCGGCUCACCUUCCAUCGGCACCCAGUGGCGCAGAGCACGGACGGCAUCCGCGGCAAGGUGGGCCACGCGCGAGGCCUGCACGCCUGGCAGAUUGACUGGCCGGCGCGGCAGCGCGGCACGCACGCCGUGGUAGGCGUGGCCACGUCACGCGCCCCGCUGCACUCGGUGGGCUACACGGCGCUGGUGGGCAGCGAUGCCGAGUCCUGGGGCUGGGACCUGGGCCGCAGCCGCCUCUAUCACGACGGCAAAAAUCGACCUGGCGUGGCCUACCCGGCCUUCCUGGGGCCCGACGAAGCCUUUGCGCUGCCCGACUCGCUGCUAGUUGUGUUGGACAUGGAUGAGGGCACGCUCAGCUUCAUCGUGGAUGGCCAGUAUCUCGGCGUGGCCUUCCGUGGCCUCAAGGGCAAGAAACUGUACCCGGUGGUGAGUGCUGUCUGGGGCCACUGCGAAGUCACCAUGCGCUACAUCAAUGGCCUUGACCCCGAGCCCCUGCCGCUCAUGGACCUUUGCAGAAGAUCUAUCCGCUCCGCCCUGGGCCGCCAGCGCCUGCAGGACAUCAGCUCCCUGCCCCUGCCUCAAUCUCUCAAAAACUAUCUGCAGUACCAGUGAGCUGGAAGCUGAAGGACAGUGGAUACCCGUGGGCGCAGGGCUGCCUGUCACAUACGGUCACACAGUCCAUUCGGGAUGGGGUCUUCCCUCAUUCCCAGGAUGCAAGACCAACUGGGGAGAAGGGCAGCCCUCGCAAGCCCGAAAGCCCCUUGGAAGCCACGGGGAGCCUGGCACCUGCCCAGCGACGCCCUGCAGCUUUGUAUUGCUCAGAGAAGCUGCUUCCUUAUUCAAGAGAAUGAAUAAAACAUUGGGACAGGAAACUUGCUGUGGUGUGGCCCAUCGCAGACUUGGCCUGCGUGAGGAGAAAACUGUCUCUGAAUAAUGGAUGAUGAAAGCAGCUCAUUGCCCAUCUCCUGCCCCUGGCAAGGGCAGCAGGAUUAUGAUGCCGUCUUAGGACUCUGUGCCACUUCGAGAAGCCGUUCCCCAGGGAUGCCCAACAGCAGAAUUGUCCAGGGUAGAAAGCAACGCUCAGACACCUCCAGUUUACCUCUGAACGUGGCUUCCCCCAGUCUCCUUCCUGGCCCCUGCUAGAGUCCUCCCCUACCUGGCCCCUCUGUUUAAGGAGUGGAGUCCAACUGAUUCACCCCAGAGACAGAGUUUACCCUUAAUUAUUAUUUUUUUUAAGUAGCGUUUGCAUUUUAAAAGAGUGUGGGAGGGCAGUCCUCAGUCCAAAGGUGCUAAGGGGGGUCCAGGCCGUUGUGUGUGACAUCCAGGCAGAAACUGCUGGAGGCUGGGGAGCCCUCUAGGAGUGUGGGGCCCUCUGAGCAGCCUUGCAGCCAUGCAGCUUGGCUGUCACAAAGCUGUCUUCAAGGAAAUUAUUUUUUCACUUUGGGAGACUUCACAAGUUUGUUUCCUGUUGAAAUGCGUGUGUGUGAUGUGCUGAUUAUUUAUCACCUUGGAGCCCAUGGGGCAGCCUUGUAACUGGAAGGGUGGAUGUGGGAGACACCUUCUCCACCCCCCAAGCCUGGUCCUCUCACCAAACUAUGCUGCUUCUGCUGCUGCUGCCACCACCACCAUUUGACAUUUGUUGUGCGUUUUGGAUGCGCUCCACCCAGACUCCCUUGUAACUGGAAAUCAUCACAGCAGUGGGAUACCAGAGCCCCAGAUGGCACUGCCUCUCCCCACUUUAAUGUGAAUUUGACCGAUGAAUGAGGAGCGUUUCUAAUAAAGUUUGUCAUUCAGUCUUUCA